UGCAAUGCAGAUUGCAGUCAAAUCGUUACUAAUUUUCGCUCAUUGUAGGUACGGGUUUUGGUUUUUCGGUGUUUUAUGUUGUGAUCAAUGGUGAAUUAUUAAAUAAAAUGUUAUUAAUGUAAAAAUUUCAAAUGCAAAAUUGCAAAUGAUUCUUUACAGUGAUGUCGCAUUGUGAAUAAUUGAGAAUGCCUCCAGUGAUUUCUAGGACUAAGAAGAAUGGCGCUGAGUACGAGAAUGUACUCAGUAAUAAAACCACUGCGCUUGAUUUUGAAAAGUAUAUUCAAGAAAACAAAACAUUGUUAUUAAAUGAUCCACUAAGAGAUAUACUCCUUUAUCCAUCAGAUGAUGUGUCGAGUGUAGUUCUGCCUCGACGUUGGAGGACAGUUACAACAGCGGUGCCCGAUGUUCGAACAGCUGCAACAUGUCCACUACUCACAAGGCAGGCCCUACUCAGCUAUGCCUCCAGUUGGAAUCUUGUUCAUUACAAGUACAAUAGCUAUUCUGGUUCUUAUCUUAACUUGCCUAGACCAAUAAAUAACAAACUUCCUGAAGAAGUGUUCGAUAUCGACGCUGAAACAGAAAACGAACAUGACGCUCAAGCGAAAAUCGACAUUGGAACCAAAGAGGGAUACUUGCUCAAAGGACCCGAAAUCGGCUCAGAUAGAAUAUUUAGCAAUCUUGCAUCAAAAUCCUUUAAGAAACGUUUCUGCUCAAUGGUUAGAGAAGCGGAUGGCGCAUAUAUACUCGAAGUUUAUAAAGAUGAGAAGAAAACAGAUACGAAGCUUACAAUCGUUAUGGACUUUUGUUCAGACGUUGUAAAGAAUCCAAAACGUGGGAGAUUUUGUUUCGAAUUGCGAAUGUCAGGCAACAAAGGUUACACGUUCGCGACGGACACUGAGGAAGAGAUGAAUGAUUGGAUCAAUGCAUUCAAUGCAGCACUCAAAAAGAACCAGGACCAAGAAUCUCAUCAGGCGGAUGAAGUGCUGGAUAAAGAUGCGGAUAUAUCUCUAACAGCAGAGCCUCCGCCCCCUACAUACGGCACACUGAAGGGCCUGGAACACAGUAUGAACCCACUCCUAAUGCGGUACUCUAGGGAAACCGACCUGUCUAUUGCGGCGGCCCGUAACGAGUGCCGCUCUAAUAUAUUCACUUUACCUUACAAAAGAACACCAUCGCCUGAACCACAGUUGGAACCUUUCAAAGAACAUUUUGGCCAAAGAAUCUUGCUCAAAUGCGAAAGCUUAAAGUUUAGGUUACAAGCGCCCAUCGACGGCGAUAAGGAGCUCCUAUGUCAAGUCGAGCCUUACUUCACUAGCAUAGCGCUAUAUGACGCGAGGAGCGGCCGCAAGCUCACGGAGAACUUCCAUUUUGAUUUAAACCAUCCCGCAGUGAGGGAUCUAGUCAAAGAAAACGAAUGCACAAAGUCAUUAGUAGAAAAUUUUAGCUACGAUGUUAAGUUAGAUGUUAAACUAAUUCCGGAUGAGUGGUUCAGAUCAAAACGACAGGUAGUGAUGUCGGUAAACAAUCCGCAUCCCGAUUUAUUUUUAGUAGUGAAAAUCGACAAAAUCUUGCAAGGUCACGUGAGUCAGGUGCUCGAGCCGUAUAUGAAAGCCACAAAAGAUCCUCGAUUAGGACUCAAAGUUCAUAAAACGGUCCAAUCUUACGCCAAUCGGGUCGGAAACUAUAGGAUGCCUUUUGCUUGGGCUGCAAAACCUCUAUUUAAAAUGUAUAGCAACGAUUUGGAUACGACUCCCGAAUUUCCUGCAAUCUACCGUCAGGAGCCGAACAAAAUGUCUGAUGAAGACUUAAUAAAAAUACUCUCCGACUAUCGAAAACCUGAAAAACUCGGCAAGCUAACGGUCAUACCGGGAUGGCUCAGCGUCAAUAUUCAACAGAGCGUGGAACAAAUACCUAACUGUAUGACAAGCGCAUACGCAGCUUUAAAACCUUUUCCGCUACCGCCUUCAUCGCCGCUCACGUUAGAACUAGCGACGUUAAACCAAGAAGCUGAGCAGCCGUAUGCAGCGUACAUUCACCAUUUGUACGUUCGACCGCUGUCUUUGAGUUUCGAGUCGCAGAAAAUGUUCGUCCGAGCGAGGAACAUUGCGUGCUCGAUAGAACUGAAGGAAUCCGACGUGGGCGAUGUGAAGCCGUUACAGGUUAUAUAUGGGCGUAUAGGCAUGACGUCGCAGUACCGCUGUUCGGUUCUACACCACAACACAAACCCCAACUGGAGCGACGAGGCGAAGAUCCGUCUCCCGGCGACCAUCACUCCGACUCAUCACCUGUUGUUCACAUUUCACCACAUCUCGUGCGAUCUCGCCAAAAAGAAUGAUACUAACGUAGAAACAUGUAUAGGAUAUGCAUGGGUUCCAUUGUUGAAAAACGAUAAAUUCAUAGACGAAAUUGUCAACUUACCUAUUGCUACUCAUUUGCCGUCUGGAUAUCUGUCUAUUCAACCACUUGGACUUGGGAAAGGGAAUACAGGUCCAGAAGUGGUAUGGGUGGAAAGUGAAAAGCCCUUAUUUCGGUGUCAACUGGUCCUGGAUUCGACGGUCGCAACGCGGGAUAUGCACUUACAUAACCUAUUCGCCCAAAUCGAGAGGCUCAUCAAAACCAGCUCGCCCCCUACCUCGCCCAGCCCGCCGCCCUGGCAUGACGUGUGUAACGCCCUUAAGGCCGCACAUGCCAUCAACUUGAGUUCACUCGUGGCUUUCCUGCCUACGAUAUUCAAUCAACUCUUUGAUCUCAUGACAAUCGAAAAGGGUUACACGCAGGAUAUGGGAUUUCAAGUGGUGAAAUUAAUCGUGCAUUUUGUGCACUUAAUACAUGAUUACGGGAGAAAGGAUCUACUUGACAGCUAUGUCAAGUAUGUGUUCAGCUGUGUGGACUUAAAGCUGCACUGUGUGCUGACGGCGCCACUGCACCAGUUCUUGGCGCCGAGCCAGCAGGACUUCCUAUUGAGCCACAAGUUUAUGCAGUACUCCGGUUUCUUCUUCGACAUCAUCGUCAAGAGCAUGGCCCAGUACUUGAUCAACACUGGCCGGAUUAAGAUGUCUCGGAAUGAAAGGUUUCACAGCGACCUCAUGGAAAACAUUGACAAAUUAGUGACUGCGGUCGAGCCCGGAUAUAUAUUGCAGCAGCCAAUGCAGACACAUAUUUUCAACAAAAACCUUGCUGUAUUCCUUAAAUCAUGCCUCUCAUUUAUGGACAGAGGUUUUAUAUUUCGCCAAGUGAAGAAAUAUUUGGAAAAGUUCAAGACCUGCGAUCCGAAAGCGUUGUUCGAUUUCAAAUUCACGUUCCUACAAACUAUUUGUUCACACGAGCACUACGUUCCUUUCAACUUGCCGCUACAGGCUAACAAAUUAGCCAAAGAUUCUGAUGAAGAGCCUAUGAAGUUAAGACUGACUGAAGAGUUUAUAAUGAGGCAUUUCCUUGCUGGGAUUCUGCUUAAGCAGGUAGAACAAUCACUACGCGAAGCGCCUCAGAAGCGUCGCUGCGCGCUGGGCGUGCUGCGGAGUUUGCUCACGAAGCAUGAACACGACGACCGAUACCGCACCAAACAAACGCGCGCGCGGCUCGCUCAGCUUUAUGCGCCAUGGCUCAAUAUUGUACUAGAUAAUGCACAUCGCCUAGUAACUAAAACCCUUGCCAGUCCAGUACUAGAGAACGGAUACGAUAAAGUGGACGGCGAUGCGACCACGAAUGCCGUACUAAACAGCACGCAGAAAGACGUUGCAUCAGCCAACAGCACGCCACGCAGGAACAGACUAACUUUACACUUCGACCACACGCCAAUAAGAAACUCUGCACACUUUAAAGAACCUCCAAAUGUCACUAACAACAUGUACGGAAAAGAUAACGCAAAUAGCAUGUCGCAAAGCUCGCUAGAAUCUGUGUCCACGAUGUCGGGCGGUGACUCGUUACCGCGCAACACUCGGUUAGAUAUGAGCGAGAUCGGUGACCAAGUCAACAGAUUCGGUGUGAUGUCCGCGGAGGAGGUGCGCGACGUGCUGCUGUGCUUCCUGUUCGUGCUGAAGUAUCUACACGAGGACCGCCUCGUGGCCUGGUGGCGCACGCACUCGCAGGCGCAACAACACGCCUUCUUUCAUGUGCUAGAAAUAUGUGCAGAACAAUUCCAAUACGUGGGCCGUAAGAAAAUCCUUUCAGAUUUGCGAGUGCCAUCACCGGACUGUAACGGCAAGCCAAAGCCGAUGAAGGCCAGGACCUUGCCGGCUAGAAUGAGUCCACCGGACUUCUCCAAGGAACCACCUAUUAUUGUGGAGAAGAAUAAUACUGUGAACAGGGAAAAUCUAGUCAAUACAUCUGUUACUACAGAAUUAGAAAUGAUGUCGGAACACGCGGUGUUAUCCGCUGGUUGCCUGGCAACGGAGGUGGGACUCACGAUCAUAGACCGAGCAUGUCUAUUCAUGAGGAACCUCGGCGUAGCAGAGGGUGUGGCGGCCAGGCCCUACUUGAAGUUGCUACUGUAUCCGCAAAGCGACACGUUGUAUAAACACCUCUUUGCCGCACUACGCGCGUACAUCAAUCAGUAUUCCGAAACUCUGUUUGAAGGUGGCAGCACGCUUUGUGCCGGCAUCGUGAGCUCGGUGGUGAAGCUGUGCGAGGCGCGCGCCGCGUGGCUGCGGCGCGAGGCGGCGGCCGCCUUGUAUCUGCUGAUGCGCGCCAACUUCCAGCACGGCACUGGAGGAAGCCUCACCAGGGUCCAUCUGCAGGUAAUCAUAGCGGUGUCAAAACUGCAAGACAGUUCAACAGCGCUGAACUGCAACCGGUUCCAAGAGUCGCUCUCUGUGAUCAAUUGUUUCGCGACGGGCGACAAAGCUAUGAAAGGAACAGGUUUGUCGAGUGAAGUGGCAGAGCUAAUGCGACGCGUGCGCACGGUGGUGGGCGCGCGGGCACGGCUUGCGGGCGUCGGUGGCAGCGCAGGCGCUGGCGCCGGCAGCGUGCACCUCGCGGAGUUGCAGCACGCGCUGGCCGCGUCGUGCCGCGCCACGCCGCGCCUGCGACACGCGUGGCUCGCGACCCUUGCCGACCACAACUCGCGACAAGGCGACCAUGACGAGGCCAUGUGUUGUCAGCUACACAUAGCGGCGCUAAUGGCGGAGUAUUUGAAGCUGCGCGGCACACAGACGUGGGGCGCGGAAACCUUUGCCGAUAUCUCCAUGAACAUUCCGCGGGACGAAACCGGUCUCAAAAUAGACGAGGGUAUGACCGACGUCCAUUACAACGAACAAGCGCUCCUCGAUCAACUAGUGCUGUGCACUGAAUAUGUGGAUAAGGCUGAAAGAUACGAACUGCUGGGCCCUCUUUACCGCCUAGUGAUUCCCAUAUAUGAGCGAAGAAAGGACUAUCAGGCCCUCCUCACUUGCUACCAACAUCUCACGAAAGCUUACGCAAAAGUCAUAGAAGUCACAAAUUCCGGAAAACGGCUCCUAGGAAGAUUUUAUCGAGUAGCCUUCUUCGGAAAAGCUCAUUUCGGAGAAGAUGAGGAAGGCAUAGAGUUCAUUUAUAAAGAACCAAAACUGACUUCGCUCAGCGAGAUAUCGGAGAAACUUCAAAACUUUUAUGAGCAAAAGUUUGGUCCUGGCAACGUCAAGAUGAUUAUGGACUCGGCGCCGGUGAUUCGUGAAGAGCUAGACAGCAAAUUAGCCUACAUCCAAGUGACGUGGGUGCGCGCGUCGCCGGAAGGAAUGGCGGCCACUCACUCGGGAGGCGAAGGCUCCUUUGAGAGAGCCCACAAUGUCCGUCGCUUCGUCUUCGAGACCCCGUUCACUAGAGACGGAGCAGCGCGCGGCCCCGUGCACCAUCAGAGGUUACGCCUGACACACCUUACAGCGGAGAACUGGUUCCCUUACGUAAAACGAAGAGUGCCGGUGAUCGAAACUCAGGUGGAGGAAAAGAGUCCGAUAGAAGUCGCCAUGUCCGAGAUGGAGAGCCAGGUGGCUGAACUAGUGGAGAUUGUCAACGCCAAGGCGCCUGAUAUUAAGAAACUGCAACUUAGGCUCCAGGGCAGUAUAUGCGUGCAAGUGAACGCCGGUCCCCUAGCGUACGCCAACGCUUUCCUAGACCCCACGUUGGCCCUUAUGUAUCCCGAUGAUAUGGUCGACAAGUUAAAAGCGAUUUUCAAGGAGUUCCUGACAGUGUGCCACGCGGCUCUGCAACUCAACGCAAAACUGAUCAGUUCGGACCAAGUGACGUACCAAGAAGCCCUCGAAGCCAACUACUACAAGCUCAGCGACUCGCUGUCGAGCGUGCUCGGCCAGCCGCUCCAGGACAUCCUCCUAAAUGGAAGCCUGAGCGCCACCGUCACCGGCGUCGAGAUGGAAUCCAGCAACGCCUAAAAAAAUUAUAACCUAACCUAUAUAAUUCUCUAGUCUCAAUUUUCUAAAAUAUGUAAAACCUUCGACAUCUUUAAUUCCUAUAGUUAACAGUCCAGAUUUAUAAAAUCAAUCUAUGUGAAUUCUGAUGAUGUUUUUAGCAAUUUUGACAAAUAACAACGUUGCUUAGUAACCUAUCGACAGAUUACAGAUAGAUUGAAUAUUAAUUUCGGUUGUAAAUCAACAAACAAUAAUCCAACACGUCUUAGUUAUUAAAACUUACCGCAGGGCUAGUACGAAUAUGUGAUUAUCACAUUGCGAUGUUCUCAAUUGUCAUGGGCGGUAUUAAUGGUAUUAUUCAGCGAAUGAUAAAAUAUAGAAACAUUCCUUACGCCCGAUUAUGGCGUAACAAAGACCACAGUGGUGCUCUAUCACCAUGUUCAGUUCGAUUGUAACUAUAACUAUCACUUUGCGUCAGCCAAUCACGGCAGCGGCCAGUAUCGCGUGAUACAUAGUACGAACCAAUCAUGAUGUGCCUGUUAAGACGCAAUUUAAUUGGUUGAAGAUUCUUAUACAGAUGUGAGUUUGUUGACUCUAUUUCCGAAUAAUAUAAUUGAAGGCAGCUUCUAUGCUUUGUCGUUCACUGAUAAUAUAACUUUAAAUGCACUAUAGCAGUGCAGUUUAACUAAUAGUGAAAGAAUGU